AUGGCGAUGCCCAGGGACACCUCGAACCCGAGCAGUGGAAGCUGGAACCUGAACACUGGAAUCGCCGUUGGCGUGGUCAUAGUGGCACUGCUUACGCUGGGGAGUGUUGUGGAGGUGGUGCUUGGCUGGGUACCAUUGACAUGGGCGAAGAAGCUGGUCAAAGACUGGGAUCGUCUGGAGAACUUGAAGUUGUUGGAGGAUGUUGAGAAGCACUGGGCUGAGAAUGGCCACACUGGCGAUGAUGCCAGGGGUGAUAGCUAA